ACCAGUACCGCGCGAAGCGCCGACGCGAACGUGCGUUCGAAUUUUAAAUGUUAAAAAGUUAAUUUUAAAAAGAAUACGAUACGUGUGUUUAUUUUUUACAAUCGGCCAGUGUUUUUAAUUGUCUUUGAAAGUGUGUUGUGGUUUUAUUUUUAAAGGAUUCUUUAUAGUGCUGUUCUUUGGUGGGAAGGUCUAAUUGAAGAGCGAUCAAGGAAGCCGUUUUCUCAGCAACAUUGAGAAGAUGUAGCAUUUCCAAAGAAGGAAGUCAGACUUCACCAACUAAACUUGAAGAAUAUGAGAUCUAAUUCACGAAAACUGAAGGCUAGACUUACUACAUCACUUUACAUUCUGAGAAAUAAUGAACAAAUUCACACUCAAUAUUAGAUCUUCGACGUAUGUAUUUAGAAACCAAAUACCUACGCCUUCUAACACCUUAAGCCCCUUAAGGGGUCAAAUAAUAUUUGCACAGUAUUAAACAUAACUGCAAGCCGAUAAAUAAUUUGCAUUAAAGACAAUAGUCCUUGGUUAACCGCUUUAAGUAGUAUUGCUUGGUUCAAUCCAAGGCGUUUUGGAAUCUAUGAGUCGUAGAGGCCUAUGAAUGUCUGAAAGGUGCGGGAAAGAGACAGAGAUGUCGACGAGCAACGAGCUGAGUGAGAUGGAGAAGCCGCGGAUGAAACCAGCGGUGAGGAGUAUCUUCUGCUGCAGUGUGACGGCUGCGUCUGGUUUCAUCGCUGCGUACGCGCUGGUAGCGUACGCGAUAGCACUAAUCUACGAGAUAGUAUGGGUGGUGGAGUCCCAAAGCGGCCUCCCAGUGGCCUCCGCGUUACUUAUGGCGUGCUACUGUAUCGUUAUUGCGGCCACUGUCACACUAGUCCACGGACUUAUCUCUAAGAACAACAAGUGUCUGCUUUCGUGGCUGAUCACCGUGAUUCUCGUGCUCAUACCGGAGUGCGUUCUAGUCUUCUAUAUGUCCAUUAGUCAUUGGGGUCUGCAAGGUGUGUACGGUGGUGCGGAGCUGGCGUGCUACGUCGCGCGGCUUCCCGCCAUUGUGUGCGGCGUUGUGUUAGUGCAGUCGGCGUACGCCAUUCGAGAAGCUAGGAACGCCGGGUACGCCAACGGAGACGCAGUGGGCAGCAGCGAGUUCGACGCCAGCCACUACGUGCCGGAAGCCCCGGCCGCGUUCACCAACGAUGGCUUCAUGGCCGACAACGGCAAAUCUGGCUCCAUGCCCGACCUGCGGCGGCACCUUGCAUCACGCCAGUCCUUCAACCAGGGCUACCACAUGCCGCCGCCACCCCCAGCCUACUGGCAACAUCUGGCCGAGCGACAGUACGCGGCCAGCCUGCGCGGCUGCCCGAAGCCCGGCGGCUACCCGCAGAUGUACGGGACGUGGGUCGGCCCGCGCUCCGGCCCCUACGACAACCCUUACAAGCGCAGACACUCCAUCGUCGGCGCUUUCGCCGACGAAUACCCGGCUAAAGACUACGAAUAUGAAGACAGAGCUGACUGCAAGAGCGAGAUGGCGUACCCGUACUAUAGACAACAAUAUUACGACCCUAGAAUGCACUAUCCCCCUGACUAUGAUCCUAGAUUUUACCCCAGAGACGACGCCUAUGGCGUUAAUUUGCUAAGACAUGAUCCGUAUCAUUUUAGCAACUCGAGAGAAAGAGCAUUCUAUGGGCAAGGGUUGAGGCACAGCCAUAAUUCCGUUGGGAACGAGUCGGACGAUUUGGGGAAAUAUAAGGAUGUGGCUCUGUGAUCGUUUGAAUCAUAUAUUUUUUUUACUGUUUUGGAAAGCGAACUUUUUUUUCUUAUUUUAUGAGAUUAAUCUUGUGAACAGAUACGAGCUCUGAUAAUACGAGCGUAAAGAUAUUCCCUUGGUGGCAUUAAAUUUAUCUCGCCGAUUUAAGUUUAAGUCUUUAGUAUACAAUUAAAUAUUGAAUUUAAUGAUUAUGAAUGUUCAACAUGCAAUGAAUAAAUUAAUAUGUAUACGCAAACGUAUGUAGCCUAAGUAUUUGAAAAUAAGUAGAAUAACUUAUUGUAAGAAUUUAAGGGACUUACAUAUUUAGUAUUUUUGUAAUUAUUUACCUAGUUAAGUAGUUACCUGAUAACCAAAGGUGUAAAUAUUGAAAAAUCUAUUUGUAUUAACGGCAAUCUACUUAUCUAUUUACUUUAAAAGUUUCGAGUCAUUAUGUUAAAAGGGAGAACAGAAUAAAUAAUAUUUUUUUAAA